CGAGCCCUGUGCCUGCCUGCCAUCCUGCACAGGCAAAGUUUGUCUCUGGUUCCAGUCUGUCCUCUGUUCUCACAGCCCCGCAGGUGCCACCGCUCCUAGUUGCUUUCCAGCUGCAACCCUCACUAUGGAGUCCCCAGUCCAGAUCUUCCGCGGGGAGCCAGGCCCCACCUGCGCCCCGAGUGCUUGCCUACUCCCUAACAGCAGCGCUUGGUUCCCCAACUGGGAGGAAUCGGACAGCAAUGGCAGUAUGGGCUCUGAGGACCAGCAGCUGGAGCCCGCGCAGCACAUCUCUCCAGCCAUCCCAGUUAUUAUCACCGUUGUCUACUCUGUGGUGUUCGUGGUGGGUUUGGUGGGCAAUUCUCUGGUAAUGUUUGUCAUCAUAAGAUACACAAAGAUGAAGACUGCGACCAACAUCUACAUAUUUAACCUGGCCUUGGCAGAUGCGUUGGUCACUACCACCAUGCCCUUCCAAAGCACUGUCUACUUGAUGAAUUCUUGGCCUUUCGGAGAUGCUCUGUGCAAGAUCGUCAUCUCCAUCGACUACUACAACAUGUUUACCAGCGUCUUCACCUUGACCAUGAUGAGUGUGGACCGCUACAUUGCUGUGUGCCACCCUGUGAAGGCUUUGGACUUCCGGACACCUUUAAAAGCAAAGGUCAUCAACAUCUGCAUUUGGCUCCUGUCAUCAUCUGUUGGCAUAUCAGCGAUAGUCCUUGGAGGUACCAAAGUCAGGGAAGAUGUGGAUGUCAUUGAGUGCUCCUUGCAGUUUCCUGAUGAUGACUACUCCUGGUGGGACCUCUUCAUGAAGAUUUGUGUCUUUGUCUUUGCCUUUGUGAUCCCGGUCCUCAUCAUCAUCGUCUGCUACACCCUGAUGAUCUUGCGCCUGAAGAGUGUCCGGCUCCUCUCUGGCUCCCGAGAGAAGGACCGCAAUCUCCGCCGGAUCACCAAGCUGGUGCUGGUGGUGGUUGCAGUUUUUAUCAUCUGUUGGACCCCGAUCCACAUCUUUAUCCUGGUGGAGGCUCUGGGCAGCACCUCCCACAGCACGGCUGCCCUCUCCAGCUAUUACUUCUGUAUUGCCUUGGGUUAUACCAACAGCAGCCUGAAUCCUGUCCUCUAUGCCUUUCUUGAUGAAAACUUCAAGCGGUGUUUUAAGGACUUCUGCUUCCCUAUUAAGAUGCGAAUGGAGCGACAGAGCACCAACAGAGUUAGAAACACAGUUCAGGAUCCUGCGUCCAUGAGGGAUGUGGAUGGGAUGAAUAAGCCAGUAUGACUAGUCGUAGAGAUGUCUUCUUACAGCUCUCCGAGUAGAGAAGAGUUCAAUGAUCUUGGUUUAACCCAGGUUACCACUGCAGUCUGAAGUGGAAAGAUGAGGUAAUUAAUAUCACAUCAUGCUGUAAAGUCUUAAGGUGCAGGGAGCAUUAGGGAUGUAGCUGAGUAGGGGCAGGAAGUCUGAAGAACAGAGCACAGCAGGUCCUGGCAACAAUACACCUCUUUCCUAGGACAGAGAAGCCAAUCUAAUUUCAACCCUUUGAUAAACAGAGAUCAGACUCUUUCUUCUGGUUCCCUUGGAUUAGUGGCCUUCCUGUACAGCAUGGUUCCAAAGCUCUGGAGAAGAAAUAAAAGAAAAAAAGCAAAGCAAAACCUCUAGAUCCAAAGCUUAGCCGACACUCAGCCUGCUAACACUAGCAGAACCGACCUCAGUUAGAAUGAGGCCAUAUCAAGGCUCAUAUCUAGCUCAGUAUCUGCUAGGUGAACAU